UUGAUGUGGCGAAGUCCUCUCAACCAAACAAUUCAUUUCCAUCCACAAAAUACUAUAAGGGAAUCAUGUCACAUCAAUUUGGUGGAUGGAAUGGGAAUACUUGUCCACUAAUUUAUAGCAUUUCUUGGAGCAUUAACUUCAUCAAAGAAAUAAAAUGGACACGAAUGUACAUAGUCGAUAAAUUAAAGCUGGAUUCAGGCUUGAGCUGGCGAGUGAUAGUUAAUGGUGAAUGUGCACUUCUCUAAAGCAGUAAUGAGACUGACACCAAUGGUUGUGGUAGUUGCUCUAACCUUUUCUACUGUUCUUCAACUUAAAUUAUACAGACAAGCAUUCAUUGGAGCACUCUCCUUCAAGUUGCUCUUCUUCUUCUUCUUCUUCUUUCUCCUGGUCUCCUCCGAUCCCCAUCUUUUUGGCUCAAAUGUGCAGAGUACUUGGCACAUUCUGAAAUGGGCUUGCUCAAGUUUCUUCAACUGUGUGCUUGGAGUGCCAUUAUGGCGGCGGGAGUAUUAUUAAACUCAGCUGAACCAACGGCUCUGAUCAUUCGUUUUAGUCGUGUACCUCCACCUCAGUCAAGAUUCUCUACCGCCAUUUUCCGGUACUCACUUGAGAGGUUGGAUGGUUCCAAUGCAUGUAAAAAGAAUGGUUGUUCUAUUCACUGCGAGCUAGAUGGAGGAGCUUUGAGACCUUGUCCAACUGAUAUUAUAGUACUGAAAAACUUGACUGCAAACCGUGAACACAUUUUUCUUCUCAAUGUCACAACCGGGGAUGGAGAGAGAAACUCAUCAGCUUAUUCAUGGUUCAUUGAUACAGAACCACCAACUGCAACGAUUCAUAGCAAGCAGAUUUAUACCAAUGCAGAAAAAUUAGCCAUUGAUGUUACAUUCAGUGAAGCUUGCAGUGGACAGAGUGGCUUCAAGUGUGUGAACUCAUCUAACUGUGAUGUCAUAAUAAAAGGUCCUGCCAAUGUACGUGCAUCAUCACUACGGGUUAUGGAACCUGGAAUGAAAUACAGUCUCAAUAUAAUUAUCUCCUCGAGAAGUAUGUAUGGGCGCGCGGUGAUCACAAUGGCAGAAAAUAUUUGCACAGAUCAGGCAGGAAACCAUUUCACACGAACAAAUGGUUCCACUAUAAUUAUUCACUUUGAUAGAAGACCAGUGCUGCUAGAUUUAUGGACAUCUGUACCAUCCUAUGAGUUGGUGAUUAAUGGGGUUCCAAGAACCGUGCUUGCGACUAACAAAAUGGAGGACAUCAAAUUGUUCCUCGAUUUCAGCAUUCCCAUAAUAAAUUCAACAGAACAGAUCCUUAAAACAUUUCACGUGAACUCGGGUAACUUAAUACCUGUUCAUGGUAAAAUUCAUGCGAACCGCCGAUUUGUUUUUGAACUCAAGAACAUAUCAAAAACUGAAAUCAUCACAGUUGAACUAGAAGCUGGUUCAAUACUUGGUAGAACAGGCACUCCAGUCUCUCCUGUUGCCCCAAUUAUGUUCCUUUAUGAUUCCACAAACCCUGGUGUCGUGUUAAGUACAAGCUCACCAAGCAUCACGAAGGAGUCCAACAUCAAUGUGAUGGUCGAGUUUACAAAGCCAAUUUUUGGCUUUGAGGCCUCCAUGGUAAAAGUGGUUGGGGGGACACUAACAAGGUUUAAGGAACUUUCAAGAGCUCUAUACUCAUUGACUGUCGUGGCAGAAGCUCAGAAUAUGGUUUCAGUUACCAUUCCUGCGGGGAAAGCAAGUGACAUUUCAGGAAAUCUAAAUUUGGCAUCUAACCAUCUUGAAGUGAAACAUUACUCAACUCCGGCAAUAUCCAUUGCACUAUACUCAUUUGUGACUGCGGGAACAGUAGCAACAGCACUAGCAGCUGCCAUUCUUUCAAUUUCCUCUGCAAAUCUUGAAGCAAUAGGCACCGUUGCUUCUGGGAGUACCAACGUUGUUGCUUUGCACCCAUCACUGAAUUUACAUGGAAUGGUUGGACACCUACAGGUGUUUGUCCUUUCGGACUGGUUCACAGUUAACCAACCAAUUGAAUAUUGUGAGACAACAAAAGGUCUUAGGUGGCUCAUACCUCGUCAAAAGCUUCCAUGGAGUAGGGAUAGCGCUCCAAUCUCUCCCAAACAUGUAUAUUUAGCUGAGGAGAAGCUUGCUUGGAAAUUGCGUAGCUUGGCUACAGGAUGGUCUUCUCACGAAAUGACAAACCAGCCAAUUGACUUAAAUUUUAUUAACUCAUCUUAUAUGCACAGCAUAAGCAGUAAAAGUACUCCUUAUGGGCUUCCUCUCAAUUCCAAUGAAUAUUUCAUCAAUUUCUUGAGAGGAGAGCCAAUGUCUGCUAGCAAUGUUGUCAAGAGAAUGGAGAAUUCUAAAGGGUGGCAAGAUAUGGAAAUGAACUUAUUCUGGCUUGGUGUGGGAGGAGGUAGUUUAGUUAUAAUCCAUUUUCUGACACUAAUUUUCCUAAGAUGGAGGACAGGAACACCAGCUCAUGGGAUACUUUCAGUACCCAGGUUUGAGCUCUUUCUUCUAAUUCUGAUGCUACCUUGUAUCUCUCAGUCUUCAGCAUUUGUCAUAAAAGGUGGUACAAUUGGGGGAAUCAUCAUUGGGGCCUUGUUGCUAGCCAUCCCUGCAGUCUUUAUUUUAUCAGUGAGCCUUUUUCUCAUAAUUGCAAUCCUCACUGGCAGUUUUUCACAGUACAAGGAAGUGAAGCAUGCAGCUAUACAAGAACCAUGGUGCACAAAGGUGUGGUUCUUCUUUACAGGUAAGCCUACAAUGGGAAAGUGGUUUUAUAGGGAAGGGCGGCGGCGUUCAUCUUUCCUCCUGCGCUUUGGUAUUCUAUUUGAGAGUUGGAAGGGUCCUCCAUUGUUUGUCUUUGUCAAUCAGCCUGACCCAAACACCAUAUCCAAGCACACUGAAAGGGGCAAAAGUGGGAUUGGAAGCAAUGAAGAAACUAAAAUGCUCACAUCUGAGUGGCUCUUGGGUUGUGCUAGAUCCUCCUAUAUUAUCCUUGAUCUUUUAAGAAGGGCCAGUUUGGGAUUCAUAUCUGGAGCUUAUUCAUUGCCAAAAUCAAGCCAAAGCCUUUGCGUUUUGACGAUCACACUGGUACAGUUUAUGUAUCUGUUUACUCUAAAGCCAUACAUCAGAAGGGGAGUACAUGUGGUGGAGAGUGUUUCUCUCUUAUGUGAGGCAGGCAUCUUUGGUCUAUCUAUCCGUGUCAGUAGCUCUGAACUGAUUGAAGCAAAAAAAUUGGGAUUUGUAAUGUUGGCCCUCCUUUUCCUUACCUUUAUUGUUCAAAUUAUAAAUGAGUGGCAUGCUCUGAUCAAAUCAAUAUUAAGACUCUCUCAGCCUCAGAAGAAUUCUUUCAAGCUUGGAUUGAAGUUUGCUGCAAAAGGUCUAGUCUUGCCUUUCCUUCCAAGGCAGCAUUGGUCAAAAGUAAUACCUGCAGGCUCCCAACCAAUAGCUGGCCUAGCUCCAGUGCUUCCCACAAGUCCAGAGACAGAAUUUGAAAGAAGAGAUACAAGAAGGGCACCAUCAGCACACCCAGUUAGUUCCAUGACUGCAACAGUAGUCCCUGUGCUCAGUCCUGGCUCACCAGGCCUUAAUGUCAUGCAAACGACAGGGCCCACAACUUCAGACAUUACACUCGGCGGGCAGAGAUCAGGGGAAGGAAAACGGCUGAAGGGACUUAAAUUUGAGACCAAGAGUGAGAUGAAGAAAUUAAGGGAGUUGGCAAGGGCUAGUUUCUCAGGGAAUUCAAGGGGUGAGGAGGCUAGUACCAGCUAUGCUUUAUGGCCACAAUACUUCUCCGGUGAAGCCUCUUUGGAAACUCCAUAAGUGUUCUACUUUUAAAAUCAAGAAGUAAUUUCUAACUUACAAUUGUAAAAAAAAAAGGGCAUUUCCUUCAAGUUUGUUUAACAAUAUUGAUUCGUUGGAAUCA